AGUUCUCGGCUCGAGACUCGCCGAACGGGCCGAGAAGUGGCCGCGAUGACUGCGUCGCUGCUGCUGCGUCCUGCGAGUUCCAUCCUGCGCCGUUCACGUCCCGGCUUGUCGAGGCCGAGGGCUUGCGGCGACAAAAGACCCCGACAUCCCCGAGCGACGGCUAAUAAGUGGACGCGACGGCACCACACCUGACAUCGUUGAGUCACGAGGGCGGCCGAUGCAUGCGACCCGGAGACCGAAACACACAGUGUCGAUGGCUAGUUUGAAGCAGGUGCGUUUUGCCGCAAGUGCAGCUGCCAUGCCUAUCCAGGCCGGGCUCACAGCCGACUCUGCCAUCGCCCUGGUACAGCGCUAUCUCGGGAAGGAGCGGCUUCAUUGGCGGCCCUGCACCUAUGCUUCACAGGGGGAAGAGAUCACACCUGUCCAACGGAACCAUACUGUGAAAUGGCUGACUGUCCUCAACCGGUACCUGAGGUUCAAUCCUGAGACCCUCUUCCUCUCGGUCACACUCAUGGAUGAGUUCCUUCGCUUGGUUAGGGCACAACCCAAGUACCUGAAAUGUAUUGCUAUUUCGUGCUUCUACUUAGCAUCCAAGAUUAUAGAGGAAGAUGAGGUGGUUCCACAUAUCAAGGAUCUGAUCAAGAACUGUGAUUGCAUCUUCAGUGUGUCUGAGAUUACCCGCAUGGAGGCAUUGAUUCUCAAGAAACUCAGAUGGGACCUCUGUCGAGCCACAUCGCUCGACUUCUUGCACGGGUUUUACGCUCUGCUGGUGUUGAACCGAAGCCUCCUCCUGCCAGACCAGUCUGAGCAGCAGUUGGCAGCUUUGGGUCCCCUACUGGAAACCAAGCUGCAGAUCUGCCUGGAUCAGGCGUCUCUGGUGGGGACCCGGCCCUCCACCUUGGCCCUGGCCCUGGUCAGCCUGGAGCUAGAGACGUGGACCCCGAACUGGUUCGUCAUCACUAUCGCCCUGCAGCGGCUGGCUAAGGUUGAGAACAGCGAUGUCAUUCGGUGCCGAGAAGAGCUGGCCUGCAUCUUCAUCAAAGCACGCACAGCUGUGUCGCGAAAGCACCGACACUCCGACUCGCAAAGUGCCCACAAGCCAUCAAAGAGAAGGAUGGAGACGACGGACAUUGAAGACAUUUACGACAGCAUCAAAAGGUUGUACGGAGAGGAAACCACAUCGACGACAUCAUCAACCCCGGCCAGCAUCUCCUGUGGCAUGCACCAAGGCCAAGGUGGCAUCAGUGUGCCUGGCUUUCCCGUCCGUGCCAUGUAGAAGAAACAGCUACAGUUGAUGUGGGGAAGCCACACGGAAGGAUCCUUGCUAGAUGCCAAGGGAAGGAAGCCAGGCCUGGUGCCAGCCCAAGACAGUUUCCCGCCCACAUCACCUAGUCCAUUAUUUUCUUAUUUGCUUUUAUUUUUAUUAGGGCAGGGCUGGUUUAAUUGCAACGAAAAGCACCACCAGUGUUUUUGUGGAGUACUUUUUAGCAAAAUUAUGGUCUAGUCGCAUGCCACAAAACUUUUAUUGACAGCUUACUGUUCUUUUUUUUUUUUUCAUCUAUGCCCCUCCCCCCCGCCUGUUUUAUUUUUGCGACUAUGGCCAUCGGUGGCACGUCGCAGGUGCAACUACAGCCUUGGAACACAUUUUGCAAGACUGCGUAAUAUCUUGUGGGCUGUUGCUGCUUCCCUGGUAUUGCUACUUUUUUUUCGUUGGACUUUUAUAUUUUGUUAUACAUAUAUUAUAUACACAUACACACAAUUGGUUGCCAUCACAGUGUUUUAUUUCGAGCGUUGUCACUGUUGUGCACAUUGUGCGUACACCACCUGUUUGAUUGACACUGCAUUGGGCAGUGGCCUAGAGGGUGCCGGUUUUUAGAAAAGGUGCUAGAUUUUAUUUUUAAGGUUACGAAAAACAAGUGUACUUUUACGCGGAACAAAUGUGUGUUCUUGUUCACAUUACUUUUGUGUGCUCUGUGAAAGUUUGCCGAGACAUUUUUAAAAGCCGUUUUACACAGGGGCUAUGUGAGGCCUUAAUCCUUCUCUCCCCUGCCCGUACGCUGGGCCGGUAAUGCUUAGAGGAAGGUCACCAAAAUGUUGCAUUUGAAAUAAUUACGCAAGUUGUCAAGUAAUUGUUUGCAUCAAGCCGCAUAUCACAGUCCCGCUAUACUGAACAAUACAUAUCACACUUAAAGGGAAGAUCUUGUUAGUAUGGUAUCACUCAUUACCACUCGGAACAGAUAUAAAGGUCUGCAGAGUAUACAGUCUCUUGAAAGGGGCCCUGAACCUUUUUUUAUCGAAGUGGAGAAAGACAUUUGAAGUGAAGAUAGGCUAUUUCAGAACCACUUUGCCGCAAAAAGUACUUAAAUGCGUUCAGCAGAAGCGGAGUUAUCAGCAAUCAAACACGGCCUCAGCUGUGCUCCCCUUCCUCCUCCAAUGCCUUGCACUGCGAAGGCUACUGUGGAGACGUCACCGUGGCGCGAACUUCAAAUUUCCGAUUUGAUGCCUAUGCCGUGCUAAACGUAAGCCAAACGCGGCUGUCCUCAGAGAGCCGCAGUGCGCUUAGCCAUUGGACUUGUGGCGGCACCCCGCGGCACCGCGGUGUAGCUGAGCGCAGCGACCAAUAUCAGUCGCGUAUUGGAGCGUGCUUUAUGACGAAAUAAAGCGCACAGGAAAGAGCGAGGAUCAUGGUGUUUUUAAAAUGAAAGUAUUUGAGGAAAAGGUGACUUCGCGCUCCGCUUGCAAGCUCCACGGACCGCGUUCGACAGCAGAACUUGGCUGAGAUGUUCACAACAGCGUAUGCUACCCACAGACUAGGUUAUUUCACCAAGCCCAAGGGGUGGUCAGGGCCCCUUUAAACGGAACCUCAAGGGACCAGGGAAAUUGGUUCCGUUUGUCAGGAGUUCCAUGUACUGAGAGACAAAGCUGAAUACAAUUGCAUGAAUACAAAACCAACCGUGAUAACGGUGUUUCAUUUAAGAGGCAAUUCCGUUUAAGCGAUUUUCGUUUAUCGAGAUCCCACUGUAUUUUAAGAAUUCGGCCUAGUGCAUUGCAUUGACCAUUCUUGUCCGAGAAAGAAUGAUGAGAUGUUCCCUGGAAGUGUGAAGUGUACUUUCGCAGAUCU